GGUCAACUGAGACCACAGGUGGCACGAGCACAAGUUUGGCUGGAAGUAUUCCAAAACCUGACCACUGAAACAGUACUGAAACCACCAGGAUAUAAAAGGACCAUGGCUCGCUUAGUCAGUGUUGCAGUGUGAUCACAUUUACCUAACACAAUGGGAAAGAUAAUCUUCUACGAGGACAAGAACUUCCAGGGUCGCUCCUAUGAGUGCAACACCGACUGUGCCGACCUGCACACCCAUUUCAGCCACUGUAACUCCAUCCAAGUGGAGAGUGGUAGCUGGAUGGUCUAUGAGCGGCCAAACUACAUGGGCUACCAGUACUUCCUGAGAAGAGGCGAGUAUCCCGACUACCAGCGCUGGAUGGGCUUUAAUGAUUGCGUGAAAUCCUGCCGGAUGAUCCCUCAAAACCAGGGAGCUCACAAGAUGAGAAUCUACGAGCGCUCUGACUUUGGCGGUCAGAUGCUGGAGUUUGCCGAUGACUGCCCCUCACUCUACGAUCGAUUCCAUUACAAUGAUAUCAACUCUUGCAAUGUUAUGGAGGGGUAUUGGCUUUUCUAUGAGCAUCCCAACUACAGAGGCAGGCAGUAUCUCCUGAGGCCUGGCGAGUACAGGAGAUACAGUGACUGGGGAGCCAUCAAUUCCAAGAUUGGCUCCAUCAGACGUGUUGUUGCUCACCCAAACUGAGAGGCAAUACAUGAAACUGAGCCUAACAUUGAAAUUAAUAAAAGUUAGGUCCA